AUGUUGCCUGCUGGUCUGAUAAGUUUAUCCACCAAAGACCGUUUGCCGGCUUCCCGCCGCUUUGGUCUGAUCGCUAGUCUGCAGACCGUUCACCCUUCUCAGCUAGUUUCGCCCUCCGUGCGAUCUGGCCCUGUAUCCGCCUUGGCUAUAGCUACAUCAAUACCAGCUCCACUAGGGUCCUCUUCAUCGACCAGUGGACCUGUUUCCCUCAGCACUUCUAGCCCAAAUUUAGCGGAGCUCUCUAUAACUGCCGUCACUCCCAGUGGCUGCCUUCCUUUGUUGCAUAACGAAUGCAAUACGUCAUUGUGGCUUGCUGAAAUGGCUUCUUGUGAAGGUGCUCGCUGCCGUCUGGUUGAUCGGUCUGUUUCUUCUUCACUGCCUUGGCUCCAUUCAGCUAGUAUUCCUUCCAACACCAAGCUAGAGGACCCCGAAACAAACACAGCCAUUAGCUCGCCUCCUCUCGGUUCAAGGGAAAUUUCUCUUGCUGAUGCGACCACGGAAAUUGCUGCAUCACAGCCACUGCAUGAAAAAAUUGCCACUAUUAUUGAUAAUCCCUCAUCUCUUAUAGUCCAACCAUCUCGCUCGGUCUCAUCGUCACCACACCCUAUUGGUCCAGAAGAAGCUUUGGUCUGGAGUACCUCUCUGACGGCCUUUCGGCGUCCUCGGGUUAUCACGCCUAAUCCAACAGGAUUUGGUUACAAUGACUCUGCCGUCGAUGAUCUAAGGUAA